AAUAUGGCAGACGAAUCAACCUGCGAACGGGAGAAGGAUCUAUCUGACAGUGACUCUUGUGAGAGCUUUCAGGACUCAGAAGAAGCGCCUGAUAGACUCUCAACUUCAUCAAAGCAAAGUUCACUAAAAGAUUCAAAAGCGAUCUCUUCAAAAGUCAAGAAAGAUUGGAAAAGGAGGUUUCGCUAUUUAUCGUACAAGGACUUUUUGGUUCAAACGAGGUCGUUGAUCAGCAUGAACGAUAAAUCAAUCGUUAAAGACAUUUCUGCAACUGCGUCAGAGAAAAUUAAAAGGAGAGACGAGGAAGCGGAAAGUAUAUAUGCAGAUGACAAAGGGUAUUUUCGGGGAGAAAUUUUCCAAGAACUGGAAAGUGAUGAUAACAUUGGUUUUGCUGGUGACGUCUGCAAGCAGCUGAAUCUGUUGCCAAAUAUGGACGUCUCUGAUCAUGAACCAACUACAAUAGAUGAUGGUUCUUUAAGGACCGAUUUGCAGACAGACUCUUUUACUCCAGAGAUUGUC